AUGAGCUCAGAAUCUGUAGCAGAGGGUGUUCAUGGGUUCAGCUCAUGGACGUCAAAUAACAACCCACAGGGAGGGAACGUUGACCUACUCACAUUCCGGCAGGCUCCACAGGCCUUUGUACCUGUCCUAAUCACUGAAAGUGACAGGCACUUGGACUCGGAGGCACUCCGCUACACAGAUAGCAGAUCUCAGCCUGAAGCAGCAGCAGAACCAAAGUUAGAUGUAGAUGCAAGAAACGCGGAUAUCGAGAUCAACAGCGAGGAUCGUGACUUGAGGGAGAAUAUUCUCGCGAAAGCCCCACUACGUCUCUAUGACUGCGAAUAUGAGGUUUUGAAGGAUCAACAGACAUACCUUCGGGAGACAGGCCAUACCAUUCCACCUUACCUUGUGGUUUCGCAAGUGUGGGGAAAAAUUAAACACCAGUUGAUCUUGCCCACUGUCGAAUGGCCCAUUGCUAUUUCAGACCCCGCAAAGUGGGACGUGAUCCUGGCUUGCUGCAAGGCAGAUAAAAGGGUUAAAUGGAUGUGGAUGGACGCCAUCUGCAUCAAUCAAAGCGAUACCCCAGAGGCAGACGAAGAAAAGGCUGUUGAGAUUCCAAAAAUGAACCACUACUACCGUGGCGCCAUAGCCUGCCUCGUGGUGCCUAACGACUACUUGAAUUUUCCGUUGGCACACGCACAACUCGUGGACCUCUCGUGCAAUAUCAUGGAUGCCAAUGCCUCUGUGCAAGACAAUGCACUGAGGAUCUGGGAAAGCAUCGCAGUGCUUGACGCUGUCAUCGGAGAUGAAUGGUUCUGGAGAGUGUGGACAUACCAGGAGUUGCUGUUGCCAAAAAAACACAUCCUCCCCGAUGGACAAGAACUGCGCAUCGAUCUAUUACGACGCUUGCUGGAUUGGUACCACAAAAUAUUGCGGAACGGCUCUCUCAAAAAACCACAAGGAGGAACCGAUUACGACUUCAUCCAUCCAGGCAAGGAAUUGGUCAUUUCUGCCCCACGCAAUUGGCAAACCCGAAACCUGCGUGUUCAGAUGAAGGAGGAACUCGAGCAGAACGGACAUGUGGACUUGAUUAGCCUCAUCUGGCAAACCAGUCACAAACAAUCUAUGCACCAUGUGGACCGCCUGUUGGGGAUCUAUGGGCUGCUCAGCGACGAAGAGAAAGUGACAAUUAAUCCAUCUGAAGCCUCUGACCGCAGUUCGAGCACUGCAGGGCUUGAAUCUAUGUGGGCGCGCAUGAUAGCAAAAGCUAUAAUGUCAGGAAGAGUAUGGCCAUUGCUACAUGACUCUCCGGAGCCCGAUGCAGUGGAAGGGAAACACUGGAUGCCCCAUAUCACAGCCCCUACUCUCUGGAACGAGCGGUUUCCCGGGGCUGCUCUCGCGGGGCUCUACCCGGAAACCAUACACCACCACAACCGGGAGGAUAUGAAGAUAACUAACAACGGAUUGCACAUCGCGGUGCGGUUCGUAGGAUGCGUGUUGGGGACAAGCAUCAACAUCGGGGAUGGGGGAGGGGAGAUGAACAAUAUCAUCGCAUGUACCUGGUUUCUGACGGCCAACGGUUGCAACACGGAUCCGAUUAUACAACAACUCAAGCAUGGCCUUGCAACAUCAGACAUGAUCGCCUCGGAAGGGAUUAAAAGUUCUCAAGAAGCACUUUCUGCUGCACUUCAUGCGAGUUCCUUAUACCAAUGUUUCGAAUUCAUGGAGGAGAUGGACUUCGCGCGAAAGUUGACGUAUGGUUAUGAGAUUACAGGGUGGAAUAAGAGAGUUCUGUGCUUCCAAAUUGAAGGCCACAUGACACCAUUUGUCGUCUUGGCAUGGAUCCAUUGCAGCAGCCCUCCAAAAAUAGGGGAUUGUUGGAUUGUGGAUGUCACCUCGGAACCAGCACAGACUGUUCGUCGUUGGAUUGUGGUGAAUAGAGUGGGCCCAAAAACCUUUAGAAAGAUCGGUACAGCACGCGCUUGGCAACCUAUCGGUGCUGCCUUAAAUCAGAGUUCGGUGCCUAUCAUCCUCGACUAG